AUGGCGUCUAACAACACACAGCUUGACACCCACGCCAAGGGCGAGCUCCAGGCCUCCUCGCCCCCGAGCUCGCCGCCCCCACGUGAUGACUACCUCCAUGGCCCCAAGCUAUUUGCCGUUAUCUUUGCUCUCCUUCUGGGCAUGUUCUUGGCUCGAAUCCCGUACGAACCCCGCGGCUCAAAGGUUGCCCUAGAUCUGACCAUUGUAGCCACCGCCGUCCCCAGCAUCACCGCCGAAUUCCGCUCGUUCGAAGAUAUUGGCUGGUACGCGGCUGCCUUUUUCAUAACCUUGGCCGCCUUCCAGUCGCUCUGGGGCAGGGCGUACAAGCACUUUGACCUCAAGCUCGUCUUCUUGACCACCGUCCUGCUAUUCGAGCUCGGGAGCCUGAUUUGCGGGGUCGCCCCGACAAGCCUCACCCUCAUCGUGGGGCGCGCCGUUGCUGGUCUCGGCGGGGCUGGCGUCACCGGCGGCAUCUACACCAUUGUGGCGUUCAUCGUGCCCCCGGCAAAGGUGCCGACCUAUAUCGGGUUUGUGGGCGCCGUCUUCAGCGUCGCCAGCGUCGCCGGUCCCCUCCUGGGUGGCGUGUUUUCCGGCGAGGUGACAUGGCGAUGGGCGUUCUACAUCAACUUGCCCGUCGGCGCCAUAUCUGUCAUUUUGCUCGUCGUCUUUUUCCACACGCCCGCCGCGGUCAAGCCGGUCCCGAUCGACCCCUUGGGCUUACUGCUGUCGCUGGAUGUUCUGGGCAUCGUCCUGUCCCUGGCCUUUAGCACUUGCUUCACCAUCGGGAUGCAGCUGGGCGGUGUCGCCGAGCCAUGGUCUUCUCCAAAGGUCGUUGGAAUGCUCGUGGCCUCGGCCGUCCUGGCUAUCGCCUUCUGCCUGGACCAGUGGCUCUGCGGCGAGAGAUCCUUGAUUGUGCCUCGCCUAAUAAAGCAGCGGACCAUAGCAGCGCUGUGCCUCUUCAUCUUCUUCCUGAACGCGACGAAUUUGUCCAUCCUGUACAGCCUGCCGCAAUACUUCCAGGUCAUCAACGGAGUCUCGCCUACCAUGAGCGGCAUCCGCAAUCUUCCCAUGAUCUUUACCACCGCUCUCGGAUCGAUGCUCAGCGGGACCCUCCUUGGUCGCCACGGCCGCCACCAGCUCUUCCUCGUCUCGGGCGCUGCCUUGCUGAUUCUCGGCACGGGGCUCAUCUACACCCUCAAUCAGGGUUCCUCGCUCGGCCAGAUCAUCGGGUACCAGAUCAUCGUCGGCUUCGGCAUCGGCUGGUGCGUCCAGGUGCCUGUCACCGUCGCCCAGGGCCUGGUCCAGCCACAGGACGUCGCCGUCGUGACCGCCCUGGUGCUAUUUUUCCAGCUCGUCACGGGCGCCAUCGGGGUCGCCUCCGCGCAGGCCGUCCUGGCCAACCGCUUGGUUGCCGCGCUUACGCAGCUGGCGCCCGGUCUGGAACCGCACAAGGUCCUAGCCGUGGGUGCGCACGAGAUCCGCCUGGUCUUCCAGGGCGCCGACCUAGACAAUGUGCUGCGAGCCUAUAUGACGGGCCUGCAAGACUCCUGGGCCAUGUCCGUCGGACUGAGCGGCUUAACCGUUUUGUCCACCUUCCUCGGCGACUGGAAGAAUCUCAAGAGCGCCCGGGCAAACCCCGUUGAUUCCAGCAGUUUGGAAAGCGAGGACAGAAAAGGAUCAGCUUAGCAUAUAUGAGCAAAUAGCCGCGGGUUUCACCUCUCAGCCAUGCAUUUUCCCGACAUUUCCCAGAUGCCGUCUUACCCCGUCUCCUCGCUUCAUGU